CCGAACAAACGACACUUCAUUACAAAAGGCCACUUGUUGUAUAUGACCAGCGUUGUCAUCCUCACACGAACCUCUCCAUCCCAAUCCUAUUGUCCAUUCUGAUCCGCCGACAAAUAUCAUCAUGAUACCUCGAAUUCUCGUUCAUCCAUCUUAACACAGUCGCUACCUUUAUCUGUCUAGAGUGAUUCCUCAAUUCGAAUCCCCGAUUCCCUCAUCGAAUUCUCCCGAUUAUUCAACCUUUCUUCCAAGUCGUCGCCUAGAUCAUGGCUGCUAUGCUCGGAGGAGGAGCAGGAGGAGGAGAUGACGCGUUGGGCCAGUUGGGACAAUUUCCUCUCGAGCAGUGGUUCUUUGAGAUGCCACCAUGCACCCGUUAUUGGACCACCGCCACCGUUGUCACAUCGAUUCUCCUGCAAUGCAAGGUCAUCACACCCUUUCAAUUGUUUUAUUCCUUCAGAGCGGUUUACUAUAAAUCUCAGUAUUGGCGGUUGAUAACCACCUUCAUUUAUUUUGGUCCGCCGUCCUUGGAUUUGGCGUUUCAUGUUUUCUUUCUUCAAAGAUACUCUAGACUACUAGAACAAGGCUCGGGGCCUUCUCCUGCCGUCUUUUCAUGGCUCCUGGUCUAUGCCUGCACCUCGCUGCUGGCUCUCAGCUCUCUUACCACCUCCAUACCCUUUCUCGGCUCCUCGCUCUCGAGCACUCUGGUCUACAUCUGGUCGAGAAGAAAUCCUGAUACUCGCCUCAGCUUCCUUGGAAUACUUGUUUUCACAGCGCCGUACCUUCCCUGGGUCCUCAUGGCCUUCAACAUGUUUAUGCAUGGCACGAUCCCAAAAGAUGAGAUCUUGGGCGUCAUUGUGGGACACGUCUACUAUUUCUUUGCCGAUGUUUGGCCAGGCCUACACGAGGGCCAGCGCCCAAUGGAUCCACCAGAAUGGUGGGUGAGACUAUUCGAGGGACGGCGGGGGGAGACUGCUGCAAGGGAUAUCGAUGGUGACAUGGCAGUUGCCGCUGCUCGCCCUGCUGAAGUACAUUGAGACGAGCCAGAGCCAUCUAGCGCUUAAUCAAUUGUAUUGAAGUAGUCCUGUCGCUGCAUCUCUUGACCUCUUGCAGUACUGUCACUCUUGGAACGAACUGUGCCACUACGGAAUUCAUCGUUAUCGUCUAUGAACACCGCGCUCCCAUGCUAAAUCACUGCUACUCAAGCAGCCUUUCACCCGACAGGCUCAAACUCUUCAGCGUCUGGACUACAUAUUCACACAAGGUGACCGUCAACGAACUUAGAAUCGUGGCUAUACCACCGUUGUUCGCCACUUCAAUUUAUCUCAACACUCAAGACCAGAUAGAAAAGCGGGAUCAGCCGCGAAGGAUUUCGAUCAGGCCAAUUGAAAAUCACGAUGCUUGUGGAUUGCUUUCGCUCUCUGAUCCGAUGAGAGCCAACAGAAAGAGGAGGUGGUUAGAGUUGUGAUAGGUGCGACUCGCCAGGAUCCACUAUAUGGGCCGAUAAACGUCACAUGUUCAAGGAGAAGACCUCGUUGUUCAAACUCUGGUUGACUGGUUAUUGUUGGGCAAAUUUUGUGUGCAAGAGGAUAAGUUACAAUCGUAACAGCACGAGUUGGAUUCCAUUCAAGUUGAUGGAGUUGUUGAGCCACCGAGGCCCAAACAGAAUGAGCGAGCAUCUUUCGGUCAUGAUGCUGAGGAACCACCAUGUCACGAAAUCUUCUAGCUUUCUUCUCUCUUGGUCAGGAUCCAACAAUGCACGAUCCAGCCUCCUUGCGAUCAUUUGGAAACAUGAUCGUAUUGGAUACCAUUACCUGGUCGUUGACUUUCAAGACUGGUUGUGCUCACGCAUGAGUCCUCUGACCAUGGUGAUCUGACGAAUUAGCUCGCAUGGAUCUCAUCAUCAGCAUAAAACCCGGUACGCAGUGGGACUUGGUGAGGAUGAACCAUGCGAUAUCAAACCUUAUCCCACACCAGGAUACUCUAC